AUGAUUUUAAUCUAUUGGUAUCUUAUUGCUUUCGUUCAAAGUUUAGUUCUACCACCAGAAUGGCCAAAUAUUGUGAAACCUACUUUAUUUUCACUUAGGGAAACAAAGCUGAAAUUAUUUACUUCAUUACAAUCAUUAAUGACAGCUAAUAAUCCGUAUCAAAAUAUGAGUAUAUCUUCAUUGCCUACUACAAUUGAUAUGAAUUAUGAUUUUCAUGGUAAUAAUAAUAAAGAUCAAGUUGAAAAUACUACCUUAUUGUUUAUUCCUAGAGAAUUAAUUAAUCCAACUAUGUUUCAAACCUUAGGUUUAAUGAAUUUAGUUUCUAGUAUGAAUGAUAGUUCUGGAACAACAAGUCAAAAAUGGAUGAAUCUAACAUCAACUGAUCAAUUAUUAAUUCCUGAUGUAUUUAAAACUUUUUUCAUAUUUAAUACAACUACUCCAUCAAUUGUUAAUUCAUUAUUUAAAAAUUAUCAAAAUCAAAAUCAUCAAAUUAAUAAUUUAAAUAAAUUUUUAAUUAGAAGUAUUCCAUUUGAUAUGCCAAAUUUAUUAACAUUAAUUGAUUAUUAUAUGGUUGUUCCUGGAAUUCCUCAUCAUACUCAAGAUAUUAAAAAUAAAACUUCAAAUAUUUAUCACAAGAGUGUUUUAAGUUUACCUAGUGAAUAUUUACCAAUUUUUAGAAAUCAAUUAAGUGAAAUGAAACCUAUGAUUGUAUUUAUGUUUAAUGAAACAAUUCCGGAUUUAAAAGCAACAACAACUACAACAUCAUCAGGAAAUUCAAAUUCUCCAAUUAUUUCAAUUAAAAAUUACCUAAGUAAUACAAGUAUCUCUUCAUUUUUUGAUAAAUUUGCUAAUAUAUGGUUAAAACAAGUUAAUUAUGAUUCUUUGAUUCAUGCGGUAUAUUGUAAUGUAAAUCCAAAUAACCAACAAGGUAGCUAUUGCUUGAAAAUUCAAAAUCAAAUGAUUCAUAUCUUACCAGCAUUUAAAAAAAUUAUUCAUCAUGAUCAACCUGAUCCACAUACAAUACUUGAAGGUGAUGAUGUUGAUGAAUCUGAAUUAGUUUUAGAAUCAAAGAAGCCAUUACUUUCACAAUCCAUAAAUGUUCUGAUUGGUCUGAAUCAAGACAAUGAGGAUCUUGUUCAAUCACAAGCAUUAAGACAAAUUCAUGAUAAAUUAAGAUAUAAAAAGGAAAAAACUAAACAAUCUUCACAAGGAUUUGUACAUGAUCCAAAAGCAUCGAUUGAAAAACUUGAUGAGAAAUUCGAUGAUGCUAUGGAUUAUAAAAUUACAAAAUUGAUGCUUAAAAAGGAAGAAAUUAAAGAUAAUUUUGAUUUAAAGAAAACUAAAUUAAUGAAUUCAAUGGAAAAUAAAUUAGAUAAUUUAGAUGAUAAAACUGAUUUAUUGGCUGAUUCUUUAAAACGAAAGAAGAAUGAAAUGUUGUUGUAUAAAUUCAAUCCUAGAUUAUUUCAAAAACAAGAAGAAAAACCAAAAACUGAUAAAGAUGGAGGUAAUAAAUAUGAUAAUAUUGGAAUUGAUGAAAAUUAUGAUUCUGAUUGUGAUAAAUUAGGUAAAACUUCAAUUUAUGUUAAUGAUGGUAAAGAAUAUAUUAAUAAAAGAAAUCAAUUUUAUGAACCAAUGGAUUCAAAAGUAUCUUUCCCAGAUCAAGGAUUUAUACUACCUUUGGAAUUAAUCAAUUUUGAAGAAGAAGAGCAUAAAAUUCCAAGACAUAAAUCAUAUAGUCAAGUGGUUAAUUUACAAACUGGUAAAGCUUUGAAGAGGAAGAAACGACUGGUUCAGUUUUUAGCUAACGAAAAUGAUAAAAAUUGCCAGCCAAUCACGUGGUACAAUAUUUUCCAUUAUAGCAUUUUUGGUGAACCAAAAUUCUGUAAUGACGAAUAUGAAGCAACUUAG